AUGGCCUGCUCCAACACAUUCAGCGUUUCUCUCAAGCCUCCGAAGGGCCGAGGGCAGAAUGGCCUGCUCCAACACAUUCAGCGUUUCUCUCAAGCCUCCGAAGGGCCGAGGGCGGAAUGGCCUGCUCCAACACAUUCAGUCGAGAAAAGAGCUGGGAUUGCCUCUGGAGGAUAUCAUCCAAUAGCGUUUCAAUUGAGCGCGGAUUUCAGACUGGAUAUCUCUGGCUCCAGGGAAACAGGCGAAGACAUAGUCCGAGCUUAUUUUCAGGUCAUCCCCAGUCUCCAAUACUCAUGCUUCAGGAGAAACCUGAGCUACAUACCAACCAGUGUCCCUCCCUCCACACAACAUUUGGACUUUAGUUUUAAUAACCUCGCAACAUUGCAGAGACAUAUGUUCCUGAGAUUACCAUUACUACAACAUCUUGAUCUCACAAGAUGUCACAUCCAAAACAUUGACAAUGAGGCCUUCUUUAAUGUAAGGAAUUUGUCUGUUUUGAUCCUCACUGGAAAUCCACUCAAACAUUUUGGAAAAAACAGCAUUAAUGUUUUGGAAAAAAUACACAAGCUUGUUCUAGUAGACAUCGGUCUGCUCUCCUUAGACAGUCUGAAUUUACAGAGUUUAACAAGCCUAAAGGAAUUAAAAGUUGGAACAAACAGAUUAUUUUCUUUAGCCCUUCCAUCUUAUGCUGUUAGUUUCAAGGACUUCACAUUACUGGACCUUCAUAAAAACAACAUAUCUACAAUCAGAGCUGUUGACACUUCUGUUUUGCGUCAGAUGAGUAGCAAUUUAACUUUAAUAUUGUCCAGAAACCCACUAUCCUUCAUAGAAACUGGAGCAUUUAAUGGCCUUUAUCUGGGAGAGAUCAAUCUACUUGACACAAUCUCAUCCACAACUGCAAGAGAAGCUCUUGGAGGUCUUAGUGGAUUGAAAGUGAAGAAGUUGAAAAUAGGACAUUUCCUGGCAAUGGGAAAGAUCCAAAUGAAUUCAGAUUCCCUGACCAGCCUUUGUUUCAUAAAGUUCCAAGAGAUAUAUUUUUGUCAAUCCUUUUUUGUUGAACUACCCAGUCACAUCGUCCUUUGCAUGAUUAAUUCUACAAAAAUCUCUCUGAGAUAUGUUGGAAUAAAUACCUGGGAACAUUCUUAUUUUCCAAACCUCAAAGAGAUUGUUGUGGUUGAAGGUCAAAUGGGCUCACUGCCGAAUCUUCUACUGUCUCAUCAACACAAAUUAAAGAAACUGGUCAUCAAUGACAAUCAAUAUUCACCAAUAUUUAAAAGCUUUGCUGAUUUGCCUAGUCUGGAAUACAUUGAUCUGAGUCAUAAUAAUUUGAUAAUGUCUUGCUGUGAUGCUGAAUUUAUUGGUGUUCCUAAACUCCGGUAUCUAAAUCUAAGUGAAAAUGCAAGGAUAAAAAUUAGAAACUUUGGACUUUUUAAUUAUUCAUCUCUAGAAAUAUUGGAUCUUCAUGGAACAGAAGUUGAAGUUGUAAAUAAUUGGGUUAUUAUGCACAACCUUAGGAAUUUAAAAUGUUUUGACCUUUCCUACACACAAUUUACCUUUGACAGUAAUGCUAUUUUUUAUGGCCUGAGCAGUCUGAAAGAACUGAAAAUGGCUGGCAACAGCAUUGAAAAAGACAUUUUUGGCAAGUUAUUUUCAAAUCUCUCAACUUUGGAGGUACUGGACAUUUCAAAUUGUGGCCUUAAAGACAUACCCUUCACUUCUUUCCAAGAUUUACAUAAUUUGAGACACCUAACCCUAAGUGGAAACAAACUGACCACAGUGGACUUUCUCACCUGUCCCAGUCUGUCUAAACUAACCUCCAUUCAUGUAGACAAUAACCACAUAGCCCGCAUCUCUUCAAACAUUCUUCAGAAUCUCCCUGCGGAUCUUUCAGUAGUUGAUUUGUCCUUCAAUCCCAUAGAAUGUUCCUGUACUCAGACUGAAUUUAUUUCCUGGAUUAUUAAUCAUCAGUCAGUUCUAAAAGAUCCUCAACUAAUGUCAUGCAAAUCCUCAUCCAAGAACUCCAGAGUGAUUAACUUUGACCCCACACACUGUGUUCACACGAACAGAGUGAUAAUAACUGUGUCCAUAUUAGCAGCUGUAACUGUACUCCUAUUGUCUGCAUUGCUGUAUAAGUACCAGUUCUAUAUACAUUACUGCUUCAUAUUGCUAAGAGGCUACAGAAUGUCUAGACAACAAGAAUGUUCUUAUGAUGCCUUUGUAAUCUACUCAAGCAAGGAUGAAGCCUGGGUGUUGGAUGAGCUUGUGGAAAAUCUUGAGAAAGGACAUCCUCCAAUUCAGCUUUGCCUGCAUGAGCGAGAUUUCCAAGCAGGAAAGUCGAUUACCUCCAAUAUAGUGGAUGAAGGCAUCAUGGGUAGCCGGAAAGUCAUUGUGGUGGUGUCUCAGCACUUCCUAGACAGCUCCUGGUGUCAGUUUGAGUUUGAACUGGCACAAUCCUGGCUUGUCUUCAGGCGAAAUGCCAGCAUCAUCAUCAUCAUUCUGGAAGAUGUGGAAGAUAAGAAAAUAAGGAGACUGUUUGGACUUCAUAAGUAUCUGAAAAAGAACACCUACCUCAAGUGGAAGGGGAACGCUCUAAGCAAUAUCCGGUUCUGGGCCCGUCUCAGAAAAGCCAUUAUUGCAAACAAAUGA